GUCGUGAAUUUGAAUUCAUAUGCGUCAAAGUGAACAUUAACUGUAGAAGUCUUUAUAUUUCUUGUGCGAUGUUUCUGAUUCCACAGAUAACUUUUUGGUAUUGUGGGAUUUUAACGUACCCAGUGGCGUUUGGACAUGGUUGAUGAUCAGAUCUAUCUCUAUGCUAUCUCUAAUGCGUCCAUACAUGAGAGCUUUCUUCGUGUUUUAUUUGACCUUGGUUGCUACCAGUUCAACAAUAUCCGCGAUUCUAAUGGCGGUAUCUUGGACCUUGUGUUUUACUAGUGUCAACAGCAUAGACAUUAGCAUUCUUCGUGCAGAUCAUCCUGUAUUGCCCGAAUAUCCAUUUCAUCCAACUAAUCUGUUAUCGUUGAAGGAGCUGUUUUAUAGGGAAGUAAAGGUGGGCAGUGGUUUUCCUAAGCAGCUGAACUUUAAUAAGGUAAACUACAGUAUGCUCAAUGGUAUACUUGAUGACUGUAAUUGGCUUCUCUACGGUCCGUGCCAUUAAAAUUAAUAUAUGUUCAUAAGCCCACGCGUCUCCGGUGGUUCAGUAACGAAAAAAGAGUUUUUUUCAAAAAUGCAAGCGGAUACACUUGAUUACAUAAAGUACUGAAGUUCAAGACGUGCAUUCAAUCCUUUAAAACGUUUAUACGAUUCAAAGUAUUUACAAGAUACUAAGGGUAAAUUGUUUCCUGAUGCUAAGAGCUUCUACAAGUAAAUGUUGAAAGGAAGAUGAUAAGGUUUCAAACUCUUAUGCGCUCUGCGAAUUGUGAUUCGUCUGAUGGCGACGUUAUUGCCAAUUUUUUUUCUGCAGAGUUUCUUGAAAAGUCAUAUAGAGGAAGUAAUGUAUGCAUAGGUAACUAUCCGUAUGAAAUUAAACAAUGGAAUGUUUUUAUCCUAGCAAAGAGGAGGUCCUCAAUACAAUGAUAAAUCUAAAGACCCUCAGCGCACUUAAAUAUUGCGCCCCCUGCACUUACAAAUGAGACAUUACAAAGACCUUGCAGAUGACUACAGAGGUAAAGCCGAACUCAGUUCUACACCGAAGCUAUUUGAAGGGUUGGUUACUACAAGACUUAUUUCGUCAAUUCAUGUGGUUAUAAUUCCUGUGCAACUGCAUUUACACAUGAAACUCAAGUAAAA